AUGUUGGGUCGAGGAAACAAGUCCCGACCCGCCUGUCUCCGUGUGACCCCAGAGACCGAAAAGGGGGCUGGUUUUCGAGGGAUCUCCUUUGGGUCGGGAUCCCCACGAAAGCUGAUUCACCAGAAGCAGGCGGCAGAAGUGCAGAGUUUCCCGUCGCCACGAGACGCGGACGAUGAGCCCCCGGUGCCGGGUGUGAACGUCCUCCUCGAUCGUUCUCCGGCCGUCCAGGGGGCCGAGAGACGGGAGCGGUCCCGACGACCGGAGCAGAGCUACGGGGAGGUGAACCAGCUCGGCGGGGUGUUCGUGAACGGCCGGCCGCUGCCGAACCCGGUGCGGCUGCGGAUCGUGGAGCUGGCGCAGCUCGGUAUGCGGCCCUGCGACAUCAGCCGCCAGCUGCGGGUCUCCCACGGCUGCGUGUCCAAGAUCCUGGCCCGCUACAACGAGACCGGCUCCAUCCUGCCCGGAGCCAUCGGCGGCAGCAAGCCCCGGGUCACCACCCCCGCCGUGGUCAAGAGCAUCCGGGACUACAAGCAGGGGGACCCGGGCAUCUUCGCCUGGGAGAUCCGGGACCGGCUGCUGUCGGACGGGGUCUGCGACAAGUACAACGUGCCGUCCGUCAGCUCCAUCAGCCGCAUCCUCAGGAAUAAGAUCGGGACUCUGUCGCAGCCGAGUCAGUCUGAGAGGGACAGUCCGGCUCCGGGUCCGCUCCAGUACGGACAUGUCUACCCGUACUCCCACUACAACGGGCCCGCGAUGACCGGGACCACCGGGACCAGGACGGGCAGCGGCCCCUCCGCACACGUGGGCCUGCGGCGGAACUGGCCCAACAUCCUGGGCAUCCGGGCCUUCGUGGACCCGGCAGCUCUGUCCGGCUCCAAUGGACACUCGGCCAAAGUGGAGGACUGGACCGGUAUGACCGGUAUGAGCAGCAGGCCGUUCCCCUCUGGAAUAAACGGAGCGGAGAAAAUCAACAACCAGCCGGACUUCAAAUACCCACAGCAGUCCUCAUCCAGUCUCUCUGGUUACGUCUCGGCUUGUGCCUACUCUCCACCAAACCAGUACGGUGCGUACGGGGGUCCAGGGGCCAACUACAUGAACACUGGGCACCACUGGCAGCCUCAGUCCUCCGGUCAGACCCCCUGCCUAACUCCCAGUCUAACUCCCAGUCUGACUCCCGGCCUGUCUCAUCCCGGCUCUGCGGCACCACUGGAGGCUGCGGAUUUUCACAUCAUGACAUCUUUCAAGCUUUCUCAAAGGGAAGACUAUCUUCGGCCUCGUGACGACGCCGAGGGGGAAACUCGGACGACGUCGGUCUGUCUGGUUUUAGAAGACUCGCGGCAAACUAACCUCCGCUUCUGCCUCUACUGGAACCGUGCACCUGAAGAAAAAAAACCCCCCUCUCUGAACUGGACUCAUUCCAGGAAUUGAUUUAGCGAAGAGGAGGUGACAGAAAAACACACAAAAUGAACCCAGAAAUGUACAUCACCAGUCAUUUUUUUCCCUUAAGGAAGACUUAAAAUAACAAAGUCUGUUUUUUUUUUUUUUUUUCUCCCCUGAACUGAAAUCAUUUGUUUCAAGCCGUCUCGGUUGUUUCAGCGAACCCACUCUGGAGCUCCAUCUGUUUCCAUAUUUGUGCCACGAAGAGGAAAGUUUAAAUUGCAUUGGAAGUGUACCGUCUUGUAAAAUAUAUUGGCAGAGCUCUACGUAUAUUUUUCUAUAAAUGUGCUUUAAUAAAGACUUAAUAACGAAACAGAAAAUAUAUCUCGGUGACGAUGAAAGAAAAUUGGGAGGAAAAGUUUUCCAGAUGUCAGAGCGGAGCAGAG